AUGUACUCCUUCUAUAAAAUGCAGCAAAUGCAAUGGGCCUCAUUAAUUCAACAAAUGCAACACACAGUUGCCACAAAAAUGCCAAGGCCCACUAAACCCAUUGCAGGAAUCCCUAACAACCCGAUUAAACUAUUAAAUAAAAAAUCAAAUGAGAUCGACUCAAAAAAAAAAAACAAAAACAGCAAAAUUCAUACCAAUAUCACAGUGCAUGAUCACAUUCUAAAUAAAUACGUAUCCAAACUUAAUAAAGAGAAAAACACAAACAGGGAAGAAUUGAUAACUAAAUUAAGAAAAAGAUUCGUUGUACAAUUCAACAAUGACACGGUAGCACAUUUUUCUGGCAACAGGAUAUACAUCCUUAUGUUUGACCUGGACGAACCUUUAUCAACAUCUUCUACAUAA